GGCCCUGCCCCGGCCCCGCCUGCCCGGGCCCGGGCGGGGUUUGGGUCUGGCUGGGGAGGGUGAAGUCGGUGAACUCGAACUCGGAGCCCUGUGUGUCGGCGCCGAGCAGCUCGGCCUCCUCGGUGUCCAGGAAGGAUAAAGCCUGGAACCAAAAGAAUAUGUGGUACCACAUUUGCAGCUGUUAAGCAGAAGAUUGAAACGCACCCGUUGUCCUGGGAGUAUUGUGCACCAAACUGGGGAAAAAUGCAAGUAGAGAGAAUACAGGAGUUACCAAUUUCGCACACCAACCAUCUGAAUUCCUCUUUAGCUUUAAGCCUCCAUGAAAAAGUGGACUACACCAAUAACUUACUAUAAAAGUAUCCUAAUUCAAGAUUCAGAUUAAACUAGGUUAAUCAAACAAACCACUAAAACCAAAAGGCAGAAUGAAAAAUUGAUUCUGGAAUUACGACUGCCACAUCAGCUGCUAUUUUGCAUGGUGACAUCAAGAUAAGUCAUACAUAAUUUCACCAGUCUUACAGGACAGUCUGAAUGUUCAGGCUCUUUUGAUUCCUGAAAGUGAAAUACAACUAAAUUAAGAACCACCUAUAAUCUCAUUGGAAAGCAUGCAGGGGAUGAACCAAAUAGAUAUUUCCACAAAGCAAACUGGAAAUUAACUAUUUUGUAAUUCAGGGAAAAGUAUAACUGUGAGAAAAUAAUAAAAUCUACUUUAGGAUGAAAACAGAAUUGAAGAAAAAAUUUGUAAAAUCAGGUAGGCCAUUUGCUAUAGACACUUGUUUAUUAAUAAACAGAACAUACUUCAACUUUUGGCUGGUUUACAGAAUCCUCAAAAGUUUUGGACACUGAUCGAAGUUUUGAAGUGUUGCUAAUGGUUGCCUGUAUUUAUUUCCCUUGUCCUCUGCAUAAUAUGGAAAAUAAGAAUGUUUUCAAACAGACGUUAGAUGGAAAACCUACAGAAAACUGCAGGUCCUGUGCUCGUAGUGUCAUCAGAAGCUGAAUUCGGUUUGCGGUAUGGCAGCACCAGCGACUGGGCUGUGUCCUCUCAGAACCGCGCUGCUGUCUAAGGUGCUGAACUUGGAGGGCUGCAGAGAGGUUCUGUGGCUCCCCCACCCCCCAGGAGGGGCAGUUUCCCUCUCACCCAGGUAAAAAGUAAAACCACAGUGAGGUGGAGGUGAAAAGCCUAUAGUUCACUCUGAUAUGUUUUGACAAGGGCAAGCUAGAUUAAACUGGGAAUUACUUGCGGCCAUUGGGCUCCUGGUUAAUGUGUUUAUGCCAAUAUAGAGGCAUGACUUCUGAAGAGGGUACAUCCGUAUCUCAAGGCAUAAUUGUUUAAUCAUAGUUCACUGCAUGCUAGAAACUCUGUGGGCUACUCUGGUGUAUUUUGAGAUAAAACAUGUAUGCAGGCUACACUACAAAGCUUCCUGGACAAUAUUUGUUUCUUUGAGCUGUGUUUUAUCUACUGUUCUUGUAAAAGUUUUAUCUUUUAAAUGCGGGCUCAUGCAGAGGGAUGGCCACUCUGAGUCAUUGGUCUUUACUGCUGUGUGCCCAAUAUGAAAUCUAAAAAGGUAACACUUUGGAAAAUGAGAACACAAUCUCUGUGAAAAUUUUGGUGUUUUGCCAUUUUUAUGCAUGGAGAGAAGCUAGAGUUUGCAGGACAUACUUAGUCAUAAGAAACUGUCCAAGACAACAGAUACGGAUGAAUUUAAAGAGGAUGCUUUUUGCUUGCUUCCAUGAGCAAGAAAGUUUAAGCUGUUUAUCUUGAAGAAGUGAUAAUAAAGGUUCCUCUUGAUUGUAAGUGUAGAAAUGAUGUGUACUGCAGUUCAGCUGUUCAUAGAAAUAAUUCAAUCCUGUCUCAGAAUAAUUAGCUGUGCUGAAGGAUUUUCCUUGAAACUCAUUUCAAAUCCAAGACACAUUAGCGCUGGGAUUUGCUAACAUCCUCCAUUAAGGACUGCACAAGAGAAGAGUGAAAAAAAGCUGUUAUAAAAAAGAAUGAACUGAUUGGUCUCUGAAAACUCCAAGCCUUGGAGAUAGUGUUAGGAAGUGUCAUGAUGACGUGAAGGGUUUAGAGCCAAUCAAAUUGCGUGUGAAAAAUCUUUGCAGAGCUGCUGCUUUAAAGGACAGGGUUGCCUAAAAAAAUCAAGUAUUCUUAUCCUAGGGUAAAACAUCUCAGGUUAGCAGACAAUAAGUAUAAAGCACAUUUUUGUGUUAUCUGAUAUCUUGCAAGUGGAGAUCACAUGUUCUUGACAAAGAAUUCAUAAGAAAUGCUCACACAUUGCAUAUCUGUAUGCAAUAAGUACUGUGAUUUUGCAGUACAUUAACAUAUUAUAGAACUAAUGUAAUCAGUAAAUUUAUUAUGCAUAUUUAAUCACUUUACCUUUUUAGUUUUGUCACUUCACAUCUGCAUUUUAGCAUCUAUUUAUUUUUUCUUUUUGGUUUAAUAACUCUCCUGUAACUCUCAUCGGUUUAAAAGUUCUUCUCUCUCUGUUUUUCCUUUUGUUUGCCUCUCUCCUAAAACAAAUCUUCAAGUGAAAAUCCCUUGGAGUUUUACCUAGCCUGACUGCUAGAAAAUGGAAGAGCAGAGCUUAUUUGUUUUAAAAAACCUAUUUCCUUGUCAGAGUAUACUGAGAAAUUUUCAGUAUCAAAGAAUCUUGAAAGGGAAAAUCUCUUAAUGAAAAAAACAGCAAAAAGGUGGCAACAAAGCAAAAAUUUUUGAAGGCUGUAAACUAGCCAUUCCAUUGCAGAUGUUACACUUCUGCUCAGUCACCACAAGAGGGACACAGAAGGAAAGCUAACAUAGCAUUGGAAAAAAAUCAAAAGAACAGCUUUAUGCAGAUUCAUAGCAACAUAUAUUUUCUGUUUGUUUGGAAGGAUCUUCUGGGAUCACAACAUUUCGAUAGCUUCCUUCAUCCCAAAUAAUCUCUAAAAAGCUUCAGGGACUUUAUAAAAUGUGAUAAUAAGUAUUAAUAGCUAAAAUGGAUCUUUUCCCAGAACUUCAUAAUCUUUCCUGACCUUUUUCCUACUGGAAUGUCUGUAGUAGUGUCGAGACAAGGAGUGGUUGGGCUGGCUGUAUUUUUGUUCCAUCAGUAGCUAUUGGACCAACAAAUAUUGGAGCAUUUAAUAGGCACUGGACAAGAAGAUUAUGGAGCUAUUUUUGUUUAUUUGUAUUUGAUUUUCAGGAACUAAUGGCUGAUGAUGCAAAUAUCAUAAGAACAGAUCUCAUAUAAAUGCCUCCAUGAAUAAGAGGACUGUAAAAAAACCCGAAGUAGACGUUGAAAGGUUUAUUGGACUCCUGUGGAAUUAAAAAGCACAAUCCUAAUACGCACUAGAUUGAAGGUUCAGUUGCAGUGUGGCUUUAAAAAGUGUUCCCGAAGCCAGUCAUGGAUAAGUGGCUUAAAACAAUGAAGGAGAAGGAAGAGAAGAUCUUGAAUUUCUUUUCAGUGAUCUUGACUGGUUCUGCGUAUAAUACUGGAAUGUGAAGCAGCCAGAAAUGACGUCCACCCCUCAUCCAGCAUCACAGAAUAAGAACUUCAGAGGAAGGAAUGCAACUUCAUAAAUAGCAAACCACAGACACUAAUGGGGAGCAGAAGCAAACCUGCAGGUUAAAAAUUCAUUGCAAGAGAAGCCUGUACAUCCAGACUGCUUGUAGAUUCAAAGAUGACUUCAACUCUAGCCUUAGUUUUUCUCCUUUGCCUCUCUUGUCCUUUUUCAUCAAGUCAACAGAGAAGAGCAAGUGGUGAUGUUGGCCCUGAAAUGCUGGAAGAGAUGAGAGAAACUAACCGUGUGCUGAUGGAAGUUCGAGACUUGUUGAAACAGCAGAUUAAGGAGAUAACAUUCCUGAAGAAUACAGUCAUGGAGUGUGAUGCCUGUGGCAUGCACACCGAGGCAACGGGCCCUGUCAUCACCCUAACACAGUUCAACAGAUGCGUCCCAAACCCCUGCUUCCCUGGAGUUGCCUGCACUGAGACCGGCACUGGCUUCCGCUGUGGACCCUGUCCUCCAGGUUAUUCAGGCAACGGAUCCCAGUGCACAGAUAUCAAUGAGUGCAAUGCAAACCCCUGCUUCCCGAAGGUCCAUUGCACUAACACUGCCCCCGGCUUCCGCUGUGAUCCCUGCCCUCCGGGCUUCACUGGGCAAAUGGUUGAAGGGGUCGGACUAGCUUAUGCAAGGGCCAACAAACAGGUUUGCACUGACAUCAAUGAAUGUGAGACAGGUGCUGCCAGAAAUUGUGUCCCAAACUCCAUCUGCAUCAAUACACGGGGAUCCUACAAGUGUGGAGCUUGUAAACCUGGCUUUGUUGGGGAUCAAAUCACAGGGUGCAAGAGCCAGACAGCAAAACGCUGCCCUAAUGGUGAAAUUAGUCCAUGCCAUGAGAAAGCACAGUGCAUCGUGGAGCGUGAUGGGUCCAUCUCCUGCGUGUGCCUUGUGGGGUGGGCAGGGAACGGCUACAUCUGUGGGAAGGAUACGGACAUUGAUGGAGUCCCUGAUGAAAAGCUACGCUGCUCUGACAAAAAAUGCCGCAAGGAUAACUGCGUGACUGUCCCCAACUCUGGCCAGGAGGAUGCAGACAGGGAUGGAAUUGGAGAUGCUUGUGAUGACGAUGCUGAUGGAGACGGGAUAUUAAAUGCUGAGGAUAACUGUGUGUACACACGCAAUACAGACCAACGUAAUGCAGACAAAGAUAGCUUUGGCGAUGCCUGUGACAACUGUCGCCUUGUGAAGAACGAUGAUCAACGGGACAUCGAUGGUGACGGAAAGGGAGAUGAGUGUGAUGAUGACAUAGAUGGUGACGGAAUCAAAAACCCAACAGACAACUGUAAAAGAGUCCCUAAUCCUGAUCAAAAAGAUGGUGAUGGAGAUGGAGUAGGAGAUGUGUGUGAUAGCUGCCCAACAGUCAGUAACCCAGACCAAAAAGAUACUGAUCAUGAUCUAGUGGGAGAUGUCUGUGACACCAACCAGGACAGUGAUGGGGAUGGCCACCAAGAUACCCGGGAUAACUGCCCAUCAGUGCCCAACAGCUCCCAGCUGGACUCAGACAAUGACGGGCUAGGAGAUGAAUGUGAUGAUGAUGAUGAUAAUGACGGGAUUCCAGAUGAGAAACCUCCAGGCCCUGACAACUGUCGGCUUGUCCCUAACCCUGGCCAAGAAGACUCAGACAGUGAUGGUGUGGGAAACCUUUGUGAAGAGGAUUUUGACAGGGACAUGGUGAUUGACAGAAUUGAUGUAUGCCCAGAGAAUGCAGAAGUGACACUAACAGACUUCAGGGCUUUCCAGACAGUUGUAUUGGACCCUGAGGGUGAUGCACAGAUUGACCCCAACUGGAUUGUCCUCAACCAGGGCAUGGAAAUUGUUCAAACCAUGAAUAGCGAUCCUGGCCUGGCUGUAGGUUAUACGGCCUUCAAUGGAGUGGACUUCGAGGGCACGUUCCAUGUGAACACAGCCACGGAUGAUGAUUAUGCUGGCUUCAUAUUUGGCUACCAGGACAGUUCCAGCUUUUAUGUAGUCAUGUGGAAGCAGAUGGAACAAACCUACUGGCAGGCAAACCCCUUCCGAGCAGUAGCAGAGCCUGGAAUUCAACUGAAGGCAGUGAAGUCUAAAACGGGCCCAGGUGAAUAUCUCCGCAACUCUCUCUGGCACACUGGAGACACUACGGACCAGGUCAAACUGCUGUGGAAAGACCCUCGCAAUUCUGGCUGGAAGGACAAGACUUCUUAUCGCUGGUUCCUGCAACAUCGGCCUCAGGUUGGAUACAUCAGAGCUCGCUUCUAUGAAGGCCCUGAAGUAGUAGCAGACACUGGAGUUGUCCUUGAUACAACUAUGCGAGGAGGACGUCUAGGAGUCUUCUGCUUCUCACAAGAGAACAUUAUUUGGUCGAACCUGCGUUAUCGCUGCAAUGAUACUAUUCCAGAAGAUUAUGAAACAUUUAGAGUGCAGCAAGACCAACCUCUGGCUUAAGUGUCUGUCCAAAAACACUUGCUUUAAAAAAAAGUGCUCGGCUGCCCCACUAUUGCCUCUGGUAUACUGUAUAAAGAACUGUAAGUAAUGUACCACUGCACUCUGCACAGCACCAAGUGUCACUGCAUUAUCUGGCAUCUUUUCUACAGCAGCAACUUUCUUUAAAUGCUAUGAAAACAUAGUGGAAUUGCAGAGGUGUAGACAUCAAGUGUAAAUAGAAGCCUAUGCUGCUGUAAACACUAGUUCUCUACACUACAUGGAAAAAGAUGUGCUGAGGAGCUACCAGCAGUAGCUGGAAUUGUUGAAGCAAGUUUAGCAUGGAUGUUUCCCAGGAAUCUUUCCCCUCCUCAGAGGCUCUCAAGUGUGAACAUUACUCUUUUCAAGACCAAAUUCAGCACUGGUCUGAAAAGCACACUGUGAGAGCAGCCUAUGGCCAAGUUGCUCACAAAACAUAAAAACGCACUUUAAGGGGAGUAUCUUUGUUCUGGAAUGUUGGAUAAUAAAUACUCUAAUACACUU